CAGUUGCUGAUGCAACAACGGCUGGUGUUACAACAACAGUAGCUGACGCAACUACCACGGUCACCACAACAACAGUGACUGAGACAUCUACCACGGUUGCUACUACAACGGCGAAAAUAGAUCCACAAUCUUGUACAAGAGGCUAUGAACUUGUAGGCCCUUCAACGUGUAUUCAAUGUCAACGUGGUUUCUACAAAGAUAACCAUUUGAGACAACCAUGUACCAGAUGUGCUGCAGACAAGUAUGGAAUAUAUGCAUCCACGUCACGAGGUGCAACGCACGUUUCUGACUGCAAUUUUACUCCAUAUAUCUCUCAUAUUUAUCCAAACUUUGGUCCCAAGGCUGGAGGUACCGUGAUAACUAUUGAACUGCAACAUGUCAGCUUGGAUACAACCGUUUUUACUGUCAAUGUAGUGGGGCUUCAAUGUAACAUCACUAGGAAUACGACCGAGCCAAACGACGCAACGUCUAUUUUUGUAACCUGUUUUACUCAACCUUCAGUGAUUGGCCGCGGAAAAGUAGAAGUAUAUUUGGGUGACGAAAUACUAAAUCAAACCCUCCAGGAUGUGAACACAACAUAUGCUUAUAUGGAGGACCCGGUGAUAACCGACAUGUUAAACAACAAGGCCCCAGUAAGUGGAGGCGUUUACAUCGUUAUAAUCGGGAAUUACCUUACAUCCGUUAGUGAUCCUAAAAUGUCAGUGAAAGUGCAAUACGGAAAUGAAUCUGUCGAUUGGGAUGUUGAACAGGUCUGCGAUACAGAAAGUUUGAAGUUGAUGAAAUGUCCAGUGCCCAGUCUUGAAGAAAUCGUUAUUAGAAUAGUAAAUGCUACAGGAGAAAAUAUCACUACAGCACUCCAGAAAAUAAACUUUUGGAGUGGUCUUGAACUGGAUGGUGUCAAAUCAUAUAAUAACCUUACAGAAGCACUACCAAACAACACUAACACCAGACUACAAAUUUUUCCAGACAUUGAACUUGGGAAGAUGGAAGAAAUAUUUUAUGCUAACACUUGGUCUCGGAUAAUGACACUUUCUAUACCGGUAGCAACUCCCUCCGGAGGUGUAAGAACAGAAGAUAUGCGGGUGCAAGUCGGUGAUGGGGCGUGUGAGGUACAACUGCUCACUGCAACAGAGUUGUUAUGUAAGCUACCGGAUGAAGAACCCGGGUAUGGGGAGCUUGAAGCAGGACCUGACUUAUCGCUAUUUGCACUGGCACAAGUAGGGGAAAUUGGAAAACAGUAUACGGUUGGCCACGUCAGGUAUGUCCCGAUGACUUUAAUUGUGUCGUCAGCAAUCACAGUUUUUGUUGUAUUCAUCGCGGCCACAAUAAUCCUUGUUAAAGUAUGCCAGCUACGGCGACGUAAGUCCAGACAGAAUGGGUUUAUAGAUAUGGUAAUUCUUGGAGAAAACGGGGAAUAUGAGGACACGCGUAUUAAAUUGUCUGCCCUGGAUGAAGUUUUGAUAAAUAUUCUUGGAGACAGAAAACUAGAAUUUAGAGACAUCGUGAUCGAAGAGGUUCUUGGACAAGGUCACUUUGGCAUUGUCUAUAAAGGAACCGUAAACCGACAAGACGUGGCAAUAAAGACUAUAAAAAGGUCAAAUUGCUCUGAGAAUGAUCUCUCAGAUUUCAUGAAGGAGGCUUUGGUUAUGAAGGAUUUCGAGCAUCCCAAUGUUCUGAACCUUAUUGGAGUGGCCCUGGACAAUGAUAUCCCGUAUGUCAUACUCCCCCAUAUGGCUAACAAAGAUUUAAAAUCGUAUGUGCAGAAUGAAAAACAUGUAUUUACCAUCGGGCAUGUGUUAAAUUUCUGUCUUCAAGUAGCCAGUGGGAUGGAAUAUCUUGCCUGUAAAAGAUUUGUACACAGAGAUUUAGCAGCCAGAAAUUGUAUGGUAGCAUCUGACUUGACUGUGAAGAUAGCUGAUUUUGGUCUGUCGAGGGAUAUCUACUCUGAUACCUACUAUAUGGACAACACCCUAUCUCGGCCCAUACCAGUCCGAUGGAUGGCUCCUGAGAGUCUGAAGGAUGGCAAAUACAGUAACAUGUCUGAUAUGUGGUCUUAUGGCGUGCUGAUGUGGGAGCUGUUUACAAGAGGGGGCACACCGUAUGCCGACGUAGAUACACAUGCCAUCAAAUCAUGGGUGUUGUCUGGAAAUCGGUUGGACAAACCAACAAAUCUACCAAAUGAAAUCUAUGGAAUUAUGUGGAGCUGCUGGAGCGAUGAUCCUUACGCCAGACCAACAUUCUCAGAUAUCGUAGAGAUGGAAACUAAUAUCCUUAAAAAUGACGAACUCCCCGGCAACCGUAAACAUAACAAAAAAGGACGUAGACAAGAAUUCCCCAACAACCUUCAAUAUAACGAAAAAAGACGUAGGCAAGAAUUCCCUAGCAACCUUCAGCAUAACGAAAAAAUACGAAGGCAAGAAUUCCCUAGCAACCUUCAGCAUAACGAAAAAAUACGUAGGCAAGAAUUCAAUAGCAGCCUUAAAGAUAACAACUUAAGGGAUAACGAAAAAAGACGUAGUCAGAUAUUCCCUUCCUCAGCUGGCAAUCAAAAGCAAAUUAUGAAGCGAAAUCGAAGCCCCUUCCCCGAUGCAUAUUCAGUACCUAGUCGGGCAUAUGAUCAGGAGCGGGAUAAACAGGGCCAGUAUAUACACAGUUACGUCAAUAUGGGACGUUAUCAUAACAAUUAUUUAAAUCCUGCUUUCCCAGAAAUAUCAAAUUUUAAAAAAUAUGUUUUACACAGAACGCUGCAUUUGUUCUUCACUUGAUUGUUAAGUUUGAUAAACGUUUUUUUAGAAAAAUCAAAAUAAAAAGACUCAAAAGUCAUACCUUUCAAGAAAGAUGUCACUGUGUAAAUGCUAGAUAUAUAGUUAGAAUCUGCUGUUAACUCUUGG